GGUUGGUUAUUUAGGAAAUUCACUCCAGCAGAGUUUAGACGAGAAAAUAGGGGAUGAUCGGAGAUAUCCCAAAACUACAUAUGCUCUAGAAAAAGAGGAAAUAUGGGAGUGGGACCUUUCACUCAAUGAUUCACUUAUCUAUCCACUACUAGUCCGGUACCAGACUACCAGGACUAGCUAGUAGCACUCUCUCUCUCGAGACAGCUCCCCCAUUUCUUACCACUAUUUAUCCUUAACCCCUUUUCAGGAAAAAUACAUGAAUCACAGUUUCCAUAUUCCUUUUACCCCAUCGACUUCCUCCUCUUCUUGAAAAAUCCUAAUCUUUAACGCAUAUUUUUCCACUUUCACCUCCAUAAGAAUCUUUAUCUUCACUUUCGUUUUUAUUUAUUUAUGCUUCUCUAUCACUUCAAGAUUCACCUAUUUUUAUCUCUUCUGAAUAAUCAACAACUCAGAUUUCUCUGUUUAAUUCAAUUCAUACGCAUGCCUUCUUCUUGUUUUGCCUUGAUUAUUUUUGAGUCUCAUCAUGAAUAGAUGUUAAAGAUUCAGCUAUAUUUAUCUCUUCUGAAUAAUCAAGUACUCAAAUUUCCAGUUUAAUUCAGACCCCAUCUAAGUUUCUUGUUGUUUUUGCCUUUUUUUUUUUGAGUAUAAACAUGAAUGAAUGUUAAACAUUCAAUCUUUUUGGUGUUUGGUUAAUCUUGGAUUUCAGAUCUGUUUUUAUGGUGCAUUUUGGAUUGUGAAUUUUGAGGUUUUUGGUUGAAUUUGUAAGGAUUGUUUGAGAAAUCAUUUUUGUGUUUUUAGCAUUUUCUGGUUUUGUGGGAUGAAGUGGGGAUAUGGGUCAAAGUCAAGGUGUCGCCAGAGUUCAGUGGUUGCUGUGGCAGAAGAAACAGAAGGAAUUGAUCAAGUGUUUGUGGAAAGUUGUUGGACUAAUUUGCCUUUAGAAUUAUUGAGAGAGGUUCUUAUGAGGAUUGAGGACACUGAAUCUAAAUGGCCUUUGAGGAAAAAUGUUGUAGCUUGUGCUGGAGUCUGUAGGAGCUGGAGGGACAUUAUGAAGGAGUUGGUCAAGACUCCUGAAGUCUCUGGCAAGUUAACUUUCCCUAUUUCUGUCAAACAGCCUGGUCCACGAGACACGCUCCUUCAGUGCUUUAUAAAGCGAAACCAGACAACACAGACAUAUCAUCUAUACCUCAGUUUGACUCAAGCAUUGGCUGAUGAUGGCAAAUUUCUUCUUGCUGCUCGAAAGUACAGGAGGCCCACCUGCACUGACUAUGUUAUGUCACUGGAUGCAGAUGAAAUGUCAAAGGGAGGUGGCACUUGUAUCGGGAAAUUAAGAUCAAAUUUCCUUGGAACCAAGUUUACUGCAUAUGAUUGUAUUCUACCUUAUGCUGGAGCCAAGCUGGUGAAGAGCCGUUCGACUAGGCUUGUAGGCUCAAAACAAAUGAAUCCUAGAGGGCCUUCUGGAAACUAUGAAGUUGCUCAUAUUUCCUACGAGUUGAAUGUACUUGGAGCCAGGGGGCCAAGAAGAAUGCAUUGUGUGAUGGAUGCUAUCCCAGCUUCUGCCAUUAAGCCUGGAGGUACAGCUCCCACACAGGUUGAAUUUCCAAUGGGCAAUAGUGGUUCCUCUCUUCCAAUGCGAUUUCUUCAAUCCAAAUCAAGUCUUCGCUUGGAGAAGUCUUUGUCUGGGCCUAUAGAAACUCAAAGAGAAGGUUCACUGGUUCUGAAAAAUAAGGCUCCCAGAUGGCAUGAGCAGCUCCAAUGCUGGUGUUUGAACUUUCAUGGUCGGGUAACUGUUGCCUCAGUGAAGAACUUUCAGUUGGUGGCUUCUCCAGAGAAUGGUGUGGCUGGACCAGAACACGAGAAGGUUAUUUUGCAGUUCGGCAAAGUAGGGAAGGAUAUGUUUACAAUGGAUUACCGCUAUCCGCUAUCAGCAUUCCAGGCAUUCGCAAUAUGCCUUAGCAGCUUUGACACUAAAAUUGCUUGUGAAUAACUUGUCUUCAAGCGGGGCGUGGAUGCUUGGAAGUGCAAUAAUUCCAGCGGCGAAGUGAUUGAUUGCGAAGCACGAGAAUGGCGCAAAUGCAAAUAAGAUGCCAGAUUAGUUGAUAUCAUUAGUUCUUGUAUGUUUUCUCAAGGACCACACCAAAAACUAAAGAAUCACAGAAUGUUGCAGCUAAAGAUUCGAGAAAAAUAUUAUGAUCCUCUAUUACAUACUGUUUUGUACAUUUUGUUUUUCUGUACAUAAUUUACUUAAAUCAUCUCCUUCUUUGAAAAGUCUUGUGAUGCUGCUGUUGCCUUUUGAAUUUUCAUAACCUUCCUUCC